CCCAGCUUCCCUCCUGCCCAGGCAGGGGUCGGACUUGGUGAUCUACAAGAUCCCUUCCGACCCCACUAAUAGGAUUCUGGGAUUCUAUGAAAAACUCGCCGAGAGCUGCUUUCGAGCUGCCGAGUCGGCGAAAUAAAAUACAUCGCAUCUGCGUUACUUGGAAAUAGCAAAGAGCGAGUCAGCAGGGAUUUAUUAUUGCCUCCCUCUCACCAGACCAAAACAGGGGCGGGGGGUGGGGGGCAGCACAAACUGGAACGAGUCGGUAGCAAGUUUAAAACGAGCAAAAAGAUGUCUUCUUUCAUGCAGCCUGUAGUGAAAGUGUGGACCUCGUUGCCGCCAGAUAUGGGGGGAGCUGACGGCUUGGGCACGUUCUUGGAGGAAAGGGGCAUCGGCUGCUAUUGAUCGAGGGGCGCGGCCUCCGAAUCGGACCUUCCCUAGGCCUUAAAUGCUGGAGGGUGCAAGCGAGAGAGGACUAGUUGGGUGGAAAACGCUGUUCAGACCCUCCCGCCUCUGCCCGGUGCGGCGCAGGAGUCUCGGCGAGGCGGAUCUACGGUCUGGCCCAGUACACGGCAGGUCUUAUCGCCCAGGCACCCUCUUCUGCGCUCCCGUCCUUUGUACAGAGCAGUGCCCACGUAAAGGCGUUGUUCUUGGGCAUGAACGUGGGGUGCUUUGGUUCUCGGCAGCUGGAGCAGCUUUGCCCUAGGUUUUGCCUGGCGUGCGGAUCCUGACAAGCCUCUGGAUGCAGCUGUCAGCAAACAAACCAGGACGGGAGACGCUGGAUGCUGCUCCUCGUCAAACGUUGCUAAUUUGUUGGGAUGUCUGCCUCUCAAAAGCCUAUUAGUUGCUGCUGUGUUUUGUCUUGAUCAUCCCAUGAAGCGGGAGUGAUGUCACAAAAGUGGGGCCGAGACAGCCAAAGCAGCGAGGGGCUAACAGGGUUGGCUUUUUGCAUAUGAUGUUUUUUUUUGCAGGGUCUGAAUUAUAAUGCUUUUAGGAGUUUAAAUAGCUGUCCUCUGACCUGGCUUCAAAUGCUGUCAGGGAGGAGAAGAUAAAGGAAGUCGACACAGAUGUCUUGAUUGCAGGAUGCAUGUAAACAAGAUGAACUUAACUGGGAAAAGGAGGCGGAAUGGAAAUGAAGAAGAUGGCCACAUCCCACAGACUAAGCGUAGUACCAGAAACGCAGUCCUUCAGGACUCCUGGGAUACAGAGUCCUCCAGCAGCGAUAGCGGCAGCAGCAGCAGUUGUAGUAGCAGUAGCAUCCACAGCCCUGACAGAGCAAGCGGUCCAGAAAGCAGCUUAAACCAGAUCAUUGCAGGAUCCAGCCCUGGCACCUCUCAGUCCCUUCAGGAGCAGUCUGCACUAAGUCAAGGUCCUUACUUCCACAUCAACCAGAUCCUGAAGGAGGCACACUUUCAUAGCUUACAGAGCCGGGGGCGCCCUCCGACAUGAUGAAGCAGCAGUUCCUUGCCUUCUGUGAAGGGACAGCACUGUGUAGAUUUGAUAUUUCAACUUCAAGUUUGUUAAAAUGGAAUUGCACAAAACGCCUGUUGCCUUUUCAGUCUAUAUUUGAAAUAACAGGUUAACAGGAAAUUGUUUACUUGUGGUUUGCUGCACUAUUGCAAUGCAAAAGGGGCUUUGAAGCAAUUUUUAUAGGAUUCUUUUUGGGGUGGGUACAAAUGACAUGUCGAGCUGAGUCUGAGGAAUCCAGAUCUGUAUUAUAGGAGUGCAUAAUGGUCCAAUUCCAAUUGACUGCCUAAUCUGUUUGUUAGCAACUUGUUGCUUUAUGUAAAAGUUCUUACAAAACAUUCAUCUUCAGUUUUAUAAGUCUCUCUUCUGUUUGUUUGUUUUUUUGGGUUUUUUUUUUUUUUUAAUUUCAAUAA